AUGGCUGUAGAUACAUCUUCUGUUGCUGGUAUUAUUGCAGGGAGAGAUCCUUUGAAGUUUACUUCUGGAAACCCAUUGACUCUAUUUUUAUUUCAAGCCAUAUUUAUCAUUGCCUUAUGUCAAAUAAUACACCUUCCGUUAGGAUAUAUGAAACAGCCCAGAGUUAUAGCAGAGGUUAUAUCUGGUAUCCUGCUAGGACCUAGUGUAUUUGGUAGAAUUCCAGACUUUACAUCAACUUGUUUUCCUAAAGAAUCUAUACCACUGUUGACAUUGGUUGCAAAUAUUGGUGUUGUUUUAUUUUUAUUUCUUGUUGGUUUAGAAGUUGAUGUUCAAUUUAUCAAGAAAAACAUUAAAAUUGCAUUAAGUGUUGGUCUUGUUAAUAUGGCUAUACCCUUUGGUUUGGGUUGUGCCGUCUCUGUGGGGAUCUAUAAUCAAUAUAAAGUUGUUCAAGAUGGUGAACCUACAAUCAAAUUUACAACAUAUAUGGUUUUCAUAGCUGUUGCGAUGUGUAUCACAGCUUUCCCAGUUUUAGCAAGAAUUUUAACAGAGUUAAGACUAUUAAAAGAAAGAGUAGGUACAAUCGUUUUAGCUGCUGGGAUUACAAAUGAUGUUGUUGGUUGGAUGUUGUUAGCUUUAAGUGUUACUUUAGCAAAUGCAGGUAGUGGUAUAACUACACUAUAUAUUUUACUCGUUGUUAUUGGCUGGGCAUUAUUUGUUAUUUUCCCAAUGAGAUGGUUUUUACGUAAAGUUAUUAUGCGUAAAGAUUUGAAGAAAGGCUCAUUAUCAAGAUUCUCUAUAAUGAUUAUUUUAAUAUUUGUGUUCAUUUCAAGUUUUUUUACUGAUAUUAUAGGCGCACAUCCAAUUUUUGGUGCGUUCCUUGUUGGAGUUAUUGUUCCUAGAGAAUAUGGUUUUGUUAUUGAUUUGACAAAUAAGAUUGAAGAUUUAGUUCAUAUUGUUUUAAUUCCAAUUUAUUUUGCAUUGGCUGGGUUUAAUGUCAACUUUGCUGAGCUAAAUCAAGGUAUUGACUGGGCUUAUAUUAUAGGUAUCAUUGUUAUUGCUAUGGUGGGUAAAAUAUUUGGUGGUUAUGUUUCUGCAAAGUUUAAUGGGCUUUUAUGGAGAGAAUCAUUGGCUGUUGGUGUGUUGAUGUCAUGUAAAGGUAUAGUGGAAAUUGUGGUUUUGAAUGUCGGUUUAACAGCUGAUAUAAUCUCACAUAAAGUCUUUUCCAUGUUUGUUGUCAUGACACUAGUUAGUACAUUUUUAACUACACCAUUGACCUUAUUAGUUUAUCCUGUUUGGUAUCGUGAAAAAGUUGAAAAAUACUUGAGAGGUGAAAUUGAUUGGGAAGGUAAACCUUUAGAUUAUAUUCAAAAGAAUGGAGAUAUAAAAGAUGAUUUAUCAAAUAUCAAUGAUGCCAAACUGAAUAAUCUGGAUUAUAACUUACGUAAAUUGGUCUAUAAUGUGGAAGAUGUUGAUGGAUUUUUACCUUUGUUAAACUUUUUGGAACUAUUUUAUGGUCAUAGUUCAAAUACAGUCAACUCAGAGAAUAAAAUCACACCUUUCCAUGCCAUUUAUUUACAAGAAUUGACUGAAAGAACAACUGAUUUAAUUGGUGCGUCAUCCAAUAAAGAAAUGACAUAUAACCCACAACUGGAACUACUGAAUAAGAUUUUUGAAUUCAAUGAGAUUCCAUUUAUUAGUGACCUAAGGUAUUUUGUUAAAGAGGAUAAAUUUGAAUUACUAACUGAAAUUUCAGAUACAAUGGAUGAUUUAUUAAUUUAUGCUGUCAACGAGUUUGACUCAACAAUGAUCUCAAAUAUUGAUCUCUCGUUAUUAUAUUCACAAUUUGCCAUAUUGAUCAAAAAUAAUGAAUCUAAAAUCACUCAUGUUGACGUUGUUUUAGAUUCUUCUAAACCUCAAAAUGAUUCUUUAGUAUUUUAUUUAUUGAGACAAUUUGCUUUUAAUAUUCAUUCAAUAACGGUAUAUAUGAAAGGUGACCAAGAUUUAUAUGAAACAAGAUUGAACGAAUUGAAAAUUGCACACAACUCUGAAGAAUAUCUUGAAGAAACGAAACUCCAUGGAUUAGUUAUCACAGGUUUAGAUCCGGAAACUUUACAACUUGAUAUUACACAAAGUAAAGAGGAAAAUUAUGAUUUGCUUUUGGUAAAACAGCUUAAAUAA